ACGAACACGACCGGAGCACAUUUUCCCCAAUCACAAAGAGUAAUUUAAAUAAUAAGCAUACAGUGACUUAGUUUAUGAGUUAGACGUGAACUCCAUGAAAUAUUAGCUAAUUUGACAGCACGCUGCGCCCUGCGGAGAAUUUAGCUCGAAUAUCCUUGUGCAGAGUGUACAACUAGCUAGCUACUACACUGGUGCUGGAUACGGAGACUGCUUGGACUUCUUUAAUAAAUUCUGUCUUAAAAUAAUUUCGACCCUCAAAGACCGAAGAACCAUACAGCGGCCUGCAGUCCCAGCCAGCAGAGAUCUGGGGAAAUCAUUAACCAGACGCUGAGAACAGGACACUAGUACAGUACAUUCGCAAUCUGUCCGCAUCGCUGGGGAUCGAAGGUCACGUGUCCACCUGUCGCAUGUCACUGGAAAAGGUUGGCCGUGGAGACCUGGACCGGUGCGACCUUGUGAUGGCUGACUGAACCAUCACAGACCUGCGAAUGCCAAGUGUGCAUCCGAGGGUGGGGCCCGCCUCAGUCUCGCAUGAUUGGCCGCUGGAUGGAAUUGAGGUGAAUGGAACACAUGCCCGAGGAGCAGGACCCUAACCCAUCAGAGGGAGAAGAGAAACGGUGGCUCGAUGGCCCGAAAAGGAAGAGAAAGAACAGCCAAUGUUCGGUGAAGAGCAUGUCCGGGUACAUCCCCAGCUACCUGGAGAAGGAUGAGCCCUGUGUCGUGUGCGGAGACAAGGCCACCGGCUACCACUACCGCUGCAUCACCUGCGAGGGGUGCAAGGGGUUCUUCCGACGCACCAUCCAGAAGAACCUGCACCCCUCCUACUCCUGCAAGUACGAUGGGUGCUGCAUCAUCGACAAGAUCACCCGUAAUCAGUGCCAACUGUGUCGCUUCAAAAAGUGCAUCUCUGUGGGCAUGGCCAUGGACCUGGUGCUGGAUGACUCAAAGCGAGUGGCCAAGCGGCGUCUGAUCGAGGAGAACCGUGAGCGCCGGAAGAAGGAGGAGAUGGUGAAGACCCUGCAGAACCGGCCUGAGCCCACCAACUCCGAGUGGGAGCUGAUCCGCAUGGUGACGGAGGCCCACCGCCACACCAACGCCCAGGGCUCCCACUGGAAACAGAAGCGCAAGUUCCUGCCAGAGGACAUUGGCCAGUCCCCGGUGGCGCCCACCUCAGAUGGGGACAAGGUGGACCUGGAGGCCUUCAGCGAGUUCACCAAGAUCAUCACACCGGCCAUCACCCGCGUUGUCGACUUUGCCAAAAAACUGCCCAUGUUCUCCGAGCUGCCUUGUGAAGACCAGAUCAUCCUCCUGAAAGGCUGCUGCAUGGAGAUCAUGUCCUUGCGGGCAGCCGUGCGCUACGACCCCGAGAGCGAGACGCUCACCCUGAGCGGUGAGAUGGCUGUCAAGCGUGAGCAGCUGAAGAACGGUGGCCUUGGGGUGGUCUCCGACGCCAUCUUCGACCUGGGCAAGAGCCUGGCACAGUUCAACCUGGACGACACCGAGGUGGCGCUUCUACAGGCUGUGCUCCUCAUGAGCUCAGAUCGUUCAGGCCUCACCUGCGUGGAGAAGAUCGAGAAGUGCCAGGAGACGUACCUGCUGGCAUUCGAACACUACAUCAACUACCGCAAGCACAACAUUCCUCACUUCUGGCCCAAGCUGCUGAUGAAGGUGACGGACCUGCGCAUGAUCGGCGCGUGCCACGCCAGCCGCUUCCUGCACAUGAAGGUGGAGUGUCCCACCGAACUCUUCCCCCCGCUCUUCUUGGAGGUCUUCGAAGACCAGGAGGUCUGAAGCAGACCGGGGGGGACAGCAGGAGCGAAUGGGGGAAAACAGGAGGCAGGACGCGCCUCCUCGAACGUUGGACGUCAAAACACACCAGCAGCAGCAGUCUUCACGAAAAGAGAUGUAUCUUUUUUUUCAGCCCCCUUGUCUUUUGAAUCAGCUGGAUGGCCCUUCUGUCUCAGAGUUCGAACUCGGUGCAGUAAUGAGAGAGCGUGUCCUUUUCCGACCUGCGGACGAAAAACACGCUUGCAUGGGUUUUUUGGAACACCUGCCUCCUCAGUUUGACUCUUUUUCCUCACAGCUAUAGUCCAUCUUCACUUUGUCCCCACAUGUGUCCUCACUGCCAUGAGAUGGCGAUACUUGUAGCUCUGCACCUGUUUCACAGGUGGCGCCGGCACGUUCUAAACUGGCCGCGUUCCAGUUUUAAAUCUCAGUGUUAAUGUAUGACAUUAAUGCUGUGAAACAGAGGUCCCCGCAAAAAAAAAAAAACACACGCUUUCACACAAGCCGUUGUUGUAUCAGACCGAGAGGUCCCCACGAAAACACACACAAGCCUUUCUUGUGUCAGGCUGAGAGGUCCCCGCAAAAACACACACGCUUGCACACAAGCCUUUGUUGUAUCAGACCCUGUUGUCUGAAUGAUAACUGAAAGCACUUAACUACGGAAGUUGUUGACUCAGGGGAUGGUGCAGCGAGGCUGGCUAAUUUAGCUAUUUUUCUCCAUUAAAUUAGGCUGUCUUGGUUAUGCAGAACGUCUGCGUACUAUGUUUCAGAGAAGACCUCUAUAAAGCAUUCAGGACAUUUAUGAAUUAGGUCACCCGCAGCCCCUUUUGGCUACGGGAACAGCUGCAUCCCAGUCCUCUGACUGGGCCAGCUGUUGAUGA